ACCAAUAAGCACAAAGGCCUUCCUGUACGCUGUCUCUACUGUAUUGGGAUCAGAUGGCUUUGUGCGCAACAACGACACAAAGCUAAUGGACUCAUAGCAGCUGCAGAAUUCAGUUUUUCUGUACCGGUAACGGGCCAGCCCUGUUCGCGCUCACAGGUCGUCAAAUGCGACCGGGAUUGGUAGGCAUAGCGACGGAGAUGCUGAGCGGUGUCACCGGCAGGGCCAGGCCGAGGCUCGGGAGCCUCUUCCUGGCGCCCGCAACCAAAACAUUACCGGCUCUGCAGUCAGGCAUCGAGAAUCACAGAUUCCGGUCUACAUCAUCUGCGCAGGGUUUCUCAGAACUGGCAAGAGAGCGGUCGAAGACUGUCACUUCGUUUUACAACCAGUCUGCCAUUGAUGUUUCGGCGGAGAAGGCUUCGGUGCGACUGACCUUAGCGACCCUCUUGUAUUCUGGGAAGUCUCCUGAUGGACACCACAUCCUGAGCAGUGCCAAGUAUCUUCACAAGGAGCUGCCUGUGCGGAUCGCCCAUCGCAUCAAGGGCUUCCGCAGUCUGCCCUUCAUCAUCGGCUGCAACCCCACCGUUCUUCAAGUGCAUGAACUGUAUAUCAGAGCCUACCACAUGGUCAGCGACUUUCCCCAGAUCAAGGAUCAGGAAGCCGAGGCUCGGUUCUGUAAGCUGGUGCAGCAGCUGCUGGAUGACCAUAAAGAUGUGGUCACCAUGCUGGCUCAGGGCUUCAGGGAGUGUCGCAGACACAUCCAGGAUGAGACCAUCAUCAGGAACUUCUUGGAUACAACACUGUGCUCUCGUCUGGGAAUCCGAAUGUUAGCCACACACCACCUUGCUUUUCAUGAAGAUAACUCGGAUUUUGUGGGCAUCAUAUGCAGACGCCUGUCCCCUAAGAAGAUCAUCGAGAAGUGGGUGGACUUUUCCAGACGUUUGUGUGAACACCAGUACGGUAACUCUCCGAGGGUCCGGAUCAACGGACACGUCGCGGCCCGUUUCCCCUUCAUCCCUCUGCCUCUGGACUACAUCCUGCCAGAGCUUCUUAAGAACGCCAUGAGAGCCACCAUGGAAAGCCACCUGGAUACUCCGUACAACGUGCCCGAUGUCGUCGUUACCAUCGCCAACAACGACAUUGACUUUGUCAUAAGGAUUUCAGACCGCGGAGGUGGCAUCCCUCACAAAAUAAUUGACAAGGUGAUGGACUACCACUUCAGCACUGCAGAGGAGAGCGUGCAGGACCCCCGCAUGAGCAACCUGUUCAACACCAUUACUAACAGUGGGAACCAAUCCAGCCCGAUGCAUGGGUUUGGUUUCGGCUUGCCCACAUCCAGGGCCUACGCAGAGUACCUCGGCGGCUCUCUGUCCAUACAGUCCAUGCAGGGCAUCGGCACAGAUGUUUACCUGCGUCUGCGCCACAUCGAUGGCAAAGGUGAAAGCUUCAGAGUGUAAAAGUCACUCUUUAAACCCUGUAGGUCCAAACAGAGGAAUCAGGUCAUGAAAGAGGGUUUUUUCCCUACAUAAAGGCAGACAGAGACGAGGUCAUAUGUCUGCUGAGUGGCAGCCUCCAGAUCACUGUCAGAUCUUUAUUUCGCCUUUGACUGAUUAUAAGCUAUGUUAGCUGUUGAUUUAAUCAUUUCAGUUGUCUUUCUUUUUCGUUUUGUACCCUGUGGCAUGUCGUCUCAAAGUUUUGGUAGGUAAUGAAUUUUUGAAUGUUUAGUUUAUUUGAAAAACAGCAUGAGAGAGAACAAGAAGAAGCUUCAUGUUUCAGGAGGCUCACAUUAAAGUUACUUGUCAGACGACCUCAUUUGACAGAUUUUUAAACGAUUAACGUUUCGAAACACUCCAAGCCUAUUGAGAUCUCCCUAAAGUGCACAAAGCUGCUCACAAGUUUAAUGGAUCAUUACCACGUUUAGUCUUUUGUCUUCAAAAUCUAAAGUUUACCACAGAAAAAUAUCGAAGUUUACGGCAGUAAACGAGUUCAGAUCAAGUGUCUUUGGAGGUCAGGGAGCUUUGUGUCUUCUGGUGUCAUCUUCAGAUUUGACAGCUUUAAAUAAAAUGCAUGUGGAACAUAAAUAUAAAACGGCCAAACCUCAAAAACCCAUGAGUAGCUUUCGAGUCUUUCUGCUUAAAAAAAAAAAUAAAAGAAACUCACCACACUGAACAUCUUUUAGUAUUUUUGUGGAGCAGAGAUGUUCAGCUGCCUUACUUUGCAACACCUUAGUUAAUGAUCCUGCAUGAUGCCUUCAUCAUUUCACACAGAUGUAAACUGUAUCACUCGAUCAUCAUCAAUUAGUAGAUUUUGUGUCAGUACUUGCCGCUCGCACCGAUCACAGCUGUUUUUGACAUUUUUUUGUAACGACUCACAAGCUAAUACACCAGAGAAGUGUUAAUUAACUUUGUUGUCUUUUUUUUUCUUUUUUAUUUAAAGGACUUUUGGUUGAAGUUUGCAGUCUAUGAGAGAGGUUUUCUAUUUGAUUGUGUUUAUAAAAAGCUAAACAGGGUUUCUUGCACUAUAAAACCUUCUCUGUCCUCAUUUUCAUUUAUUUAGUCAAUUAAGUUACAGUAACAGUUAUCUAAUAUUUCAUAUUCUUUGAAUUAAAAUUAGCACCUUCUGUGACAUAGAGUUUCCAGCUGGAGAGAAGUGCACACACCUCCAAACUGGGCAUGUGGAGCCCAAUUGAAAUUAGGACCUUUCCAGUCUCCUGUUCAUAGUUCAGAGAGUUUAUAAUGCAAUUUAAAUACAGUUGAACUACUACUUCAGAGUUCUGAGCCUUGAUGGGGUCAGUUUUGUGAGUCAGAUUCCCACAACUGGCCUUGCCUCAAUGCACAGAGAGGCAGUGAACCUGGUGAAGUACAAAGAGCUUUCCCUCACAUUAAAAUAGGAUUUUAGAAUUGGGUUUUCCGUUUUUCAAAUUUGCAGCAAUCUGGUGAUCUUCGACCUUAAAAUCCUGGAGACUGCAGAGUGGUUUUGAGCCAUUGUAAAGGUGAACUUCAGCACAUCGGUCUCUUUAUGAACCUAAUGGUCUCAGAGUUGGGGGGGAGGGGGUCCCAGAGAAAAAAACUUGAUGGCCAAGUUGUGUUCCUAAAUGCACAAUGGUUACAAAACCUUCCCCACUUUUAAGUCUUUAGUCAAAAAUGGUGAAAAAAUAACAGGACAAACGUCGAUUAAUGUGGUUUAGUAAUCUACAACAUAAUAAACCCUAUGAGCACUCCUACCAUUGUGAUGAACAUUCCCCAGUUUAGUGCAGUUGUUAUGCAGCAGAUCAGCCUGAAUGCUACAUUUUCUCUUCCAUGUAGCAUUGUUUUUGCAUUCAUUGUCAAUUUUUAAAUCUGAUUGGGCAUUAUCCAGUUUCUUCUUGGAUUUUUGCAGCUUUGCAUUUUUCAAUGCAGUUCAACAUUUUGUUUUAAAAAACUUUCCAUAUUAAAGCUUUACUUACUUUCUUUGGAUAGCAUGAAAGUAAUGAAAAAGAUGCUUCGAUAUUUUUGGAUAUCAUGCUGUCAGUGUUCGUGCGCUCUUGUAAGUUUACACAGAUUAAAAUGAAAUGUUGGCUUGUGAGGUGUUAAGAUCAAGUUAUUUUAUUUGUAAAAUUUAAACCUUUGCUUUCAUUUUUAAAAAGCUUAAAUAUUUAUUUCUCACCUGAUUGUUAAAAAGAGAAUCAGUACCUACAGAUCUUGGUUAAAAUGUCCAUAUGGACUGUUUUUAAUUAAACUCUGAAAGUCUUGGAAAUAGUGAAGGAAAAACGUAAAGUCAUGGUUGAUCAUCACCAUCUUUAUUCCAGAAUAUUGCUGGAACAAUGUUGAAGGGAGGUUAGAGAUUUUUAAUUUAAUAAUGCCAUAAAUGUGCACUGUUGCCCUCUGGUGGUCUGAAACAGUUAAGACACGGUUGAAACUUCUUUUUUGGAAUCAGUUACUAGAUUUUCAGACGACAAUAAAAAACGCUUAUUAUUAAUUAUCUGAAAACAUAUGCUGUCAUGAGGUGUUUUGUUAUCUGGACUAACGCUGGUUGCUAAUGAUUUUUGUUUUGUUCAAGAUUUUGUAGUAAUUAAAUUUUGCCAGUUUAAA